CAUUCUUGCCUGCGCUCCGACUUGUCCUAGCAUUCUCAUCGUCAGACGUUAUCCUGAUCAACGGCUUUUUCGCCUUGUUAUUGUUUUUACGUUUCUAAUUUUUUUAGCCUUUUACAGUGUACAGCCAGCUUCAUUGAAUAACCAUGGCCUCUCUGACUACUGCCAGCGGAAUCUGGUGCCAUCGCCCGCUCGUUGAAGCCGUGGCCUUACGACACCCAAAGAUCGUUGAUCUUCCGUUUAUCCCGCUGGUAUGGACGGGAUCUGUGAUGACCCCGCACAUCUUGGGAUCGUCUUUCUCCACCAAGGUUUUCGUGGGUGGUGUGCCGUGGGAUAUCACGGAAAAGGAUCUGCAGUCCGCUUUUGCCUGCUUUGGAGCGGUAAAAUUCGAGUGGCCGGUCGGGUUCGGACCAAAGAGCGCUGGCAAAGCACGGGAUCUGCAGUCGUCCCCACUGCGGGGACCGAAAUAUGGUUAUCUCUACCUGAUUUUUGAAACGGAAAAGUCCGUUUUAAAUUUAUUAGGAUCCUGCACGUACGAGGUGGAAAGACAGGGUCCCUGUUUUUUCUACAAGGUGUCCAGCGAGAAAAUCCAGAAAAAGGCUGUGCAGAUCAUCCCGUGGCAGCUGAACAACGGGAAGUGGGUGCAGCCUGGGUAUGUGCCGGAGGUGGAUGAGGAUGCGCCGCAGAGAACGGUGUUUGUGGGCGGGAUUCACGGUCAGAUCACGGCGGGUUCCCUUGCCCGCAUUAUGAUUCAGUUGUUUGGGCCUGUUGGGGCGGUGGAACUGGACACCGAUAAGACGCGCUAUCCCAUUGGAUCCGGGCGAGUGGUAUUCCGGGAUCUGCGCUCGUACAUGACGGCGGUGCUGUUCGGAGCGGUGGAACUGCGCACCAACCGCUUCACCAAGACUAUCCAGAUCGACCCGUUCCUGCACGAUAGCGUCUGCAGCGUCUGCUAUCAGAAGGUUGGGCCCUUGUUCUGCCGCGAUCUGGCCUGUUGCCGCUAUUUCUGCAAGGAGUGCUGGGAGUGGGAACACUCUGUGGUGGAGCUGCUGCGGGGCCAUAAACCCAUGAUGCGCACGUCCCGCAUCACCGGAAGUAUCGGCGCCCCGGACAAGUCACUGUCGCCCCCGCAAAAGCCCCUGCUGCAGUCGUGCGUGAAGGCGCUGUGAGCGUCACCUGUUUUUGGAAACGCCUGGCGAUGCUGCACCCCCGCUUGCUUUUAGGCUUUUUUACGCUUUUUAUGCUUUUUUAACUUUUUUUACUUAUUUAUCCCGCAUUUUUCUUUAUAUUUAUGCGCGGCUAUUUUUUGUUUAUAUUAUUUAUUGCGUGAACCGUGCCUUGCCCGUUGGUCACCGCGAUGUGCGGCAAAUUUUGUCGGCGUUGUGCCUGGUCGUUCCAAUCCCCGUCGAAGCAGACUCAGAAUUUUGAGUACCUUACUUUUUUAACUAUUUGAAUGUUUUUAAUUUUGAAUGUCGGUGGCCGCCGUUGAUGUUUGCCAGGCUUGAACAUUGAAUGCUGUACGAUAUGUUUACGAAGUUUUGUGUACGAUAUUUGUGAAUUCGGGUUUACAUAAUAAUAUCAAUGCCGAUUGUGGGAAUCUAAGUAGUUGUAUGAUAUGUGCAGUGGAUUAAAAUC